AUGAAUGGGUUGGACCACUCUUCAGGGAGGCAGUCCCAUAAAGGGAAUUCUAUGGGCAAUUCUCUUGAAGACAAGAUCAAGAAUAUAUUAAUAAAAAAUACGGAGUCUUAUGAGGGUGUUGGGGAGAGAAUGAUCCAAAUUGUCAAAGAGUUACUUAACUUAUUUCAAGAUUUGGCUCAGGCUGAGACAGACUCAGUAUACGAUACAAUUUCCUGGGUUCUUGUAGAGUUUAUUGCAACACAACCUUUUAAAACAGGCAUCUUUGCAGGAGUCACGGCUCUUUUCUCAACAUCUUUAACUAAUAACUCUCCUUUAUCAAGCCAUUCGAACUUAACUAUUAGGAUCGUUGAGCUUUCAAUUAAGAGGUUUAUCUCUGAUCUGAGAAAGUCUAAAUAUUACUCUUGCCAAUUAAUUUUAAAUUUCUUCACGGAAAUGGCUAAUUUCUAUGUAAUUGACCUGAACCAGCUUGUCUCUAUAUAUAGGUCUAUUCUAAAUACAUCCUUAUCUUUAAAGAAGUCAGGAUCUAAUUCAUCUUUUAAGUACCUUGCUUCUGAUCAUAACUCGUUCAUACUAUUUACAUUGAUUGCUUAUGCUCUACCUUUAAUUAGAGAAGAAUUAAGAAACCAAGAAUCAGAGAACCAGAAUCAAGUUCUUUACCAUGAGAUGCUCAAAGAUAUUGCAUUAUUCUAUGAUACUUAUCUUGUGGACUAUUGUGAUGAGACACAAAAGGUAUUGUUAAAUCUUAUAGGGAAAGAUUUACUGGACAUACAUCCAGUUGAAAAUCCCUUCGCUAAAUACUGGAGCAGUUUCAUUCUCUGGAGAAACCAACAAUGCCCGAGAAUUAUGACUAUAUUAAGAUUUUACAGAUCAUUGUCUAUUUCUGACUACUUAGCUGAAAUCUUGUCUCCUCCCAAGGAUUUUAAUUUUGUUGAAGCUUUAAGCAAUCUAGAACUUGGGGAAAUUAACGAGUAUUUGCCCAAACAACUGGUCAGAUUUCCCUCAAUUAAUACAAUGGAAAUUGGAGAGUUUAUACUUUUGAGAACUAUGGAUAGCAUCAACGAGAUCUUUGUACAAUCGCCUUAUGAAACGGCAAGACAAUUAUUAAAAUUGCCUGUAACUUCUCCCUCUUAUGAUUUAUGCUUAUCUAUCACAAUUUGGAACUAUUUGUUGAAUCCUUAUUAUGUAUCUCAUCUCAGCUUUGUUAACAGCCUUGUACUUAACAUAGUCAGACUUCAGAGCUCGUUUUUUGUCAAUAUUUGGACCCCAAUAUUCAUCCUUAAUAUGCAACCUUGCAAAGACAUAAUCAACGAGAAUUCCACUAGAUCUCAGGAAAUGAUAGAUUCUGAGAUUGAGCCAGGAAAUUCAUCUCAAAAGCAGAACUGUACAACUGAGGAUUCCAACAAUCCUAUGAUCGGAGAAAUUGUCAACCACUUAGUAUUCCCUCACAUCAAGACUCUCUCUAUAGGGAUGCUUUUCAGGCUUAGGAAACACAUGAUGUGCGUUCUCUCUAGUAGUGAAAUUUUUCAGAACUCCUCUUUUAGAGAUUCUUUCUGGAACAGUAACAAAACAAACUUUUUGUUUCGUACUGAAAUUCAUGACCUUUUUUUAAAUGGGUUUUUGGACUCGAUAUUGACAGGAAUGUCUAGGCUAAUGCUCCCUCAAACACUUCUCUCCAUUCCAAACGAAAGUUUGAAUCUCAGAAUAAAUAAGAUCCCAUUUAUAGGCAAAGACUCACCCAAAGCUACCUUACCUGCUCUUUUUUUCAGACUAAAAGAGUUUAACCACCUAAAAGAGAUAUUAGUCUUUAAAUUUACAACUAAGGACGAGAUCACAGAAAAAAACAAUAAGAUUACAUUGUUUCUUAAGUCUAAGCUCGGGAAAGUAAAUGAUCAGGAUGAAAGCAAAGAUGAUCUAGAUGAAGAUCUCCAGGUAUCUAGACGCUAUGAGGAACGGCAAUAUCACAAAGAAGAGUCCAAAGACGAAGAUUUGGAUCAUAAUAAGGAGGAUCACGGUGGAAACUCUUCUAAAGAAACUUUCAAAAGCUCAAAGAAAAGACGGCUUAACAGUAUUCAACCUCAAGACCAGUUUACUUGGACCAAAGACAGCUUGUUUGACUUGUUACUCAUCUCCAUUAUAGAUCAGGGAAGUAAAAGUCCAAGCCAUACUAAACGUCUUUUUGCUAAUUAUAAGACAUCCCUUAUGGGGUGGUAUCGUAGUGAAGAAAAUGGCACUCCAGAAACAGUUGAUGACUCUAAUAAUGAAAUUAUGAGCAAUGGCGAGCAUCAUUUUUCAGAACAAGUUAGCCAGAUUUCAAACGGGAUACUAAAUUGUGACUUGUUUAAGACAUUGACUAAGUUUAUAUCAAGUAAUGAUAACUCUUCAGAAAUGAACUCUAACUUAGUUGAUCAUCCUAGUCUAAAGACAGGAAUCAGACUUUUGUCUCUUAUUUUAACCGUCUGGGGAGGACUCCUGAGCGGAGACUCCAGCAUUUGCCUAGGAUUUAGCUUUCAAAAGCUUAAGAAUUUGUUAUUAAUUGCUAUAGAAGAAGGAGUACUGAAUCCUGGUUUGGCCUCUGUAAGCUUGGCAUGCAUCCUAACUUGUAUCAAAUCCCCAAAAUGUCUGGAUAUUUCUUUAAACAAUAACAGAUACCAGAUAUUUGUCGAUUUAUUUGAGCUCAUUCUUGAGAUCCUAGAUGGAAUGAAGGUCCGGGAACCAAUCCCUGAAAGUUUAGGACCAGAAUGUUCUAAGGAAUCCAAGAUGGACGAUGAAAAACACUCUUCAAAUGUAUUAAGUAUAAAUAACAUAGAGAUAUGUAUCUUGGCUUUAAUUUAUAUAUUUAAGGCUGGCUCAAAAACACUUAGUGAUAGACAAGUAGACGAGAAGAUUAUAAAACUUAUGGAGGACUCAGCAACCGAGAUUUUUCUGAAAUUCGGAUCAGCUCUUUUUGGGACUGAAGGACAUCCCGGACUAAAUUUUGAGUCAAUUCAAGAAUUUGCCCAAGGAGAGUUCAUAGUUCAAAUAAUGAAAGAUUUUAAAAACUCGUCUUUGGAAUUUGUACUUAAUCUAAAUGAUCCUUCUUUAAAGCUUGAGCUUAUGUGGGUCUCCUCAUCUGUAAUUAAUAGAAGCCAGUAG